UGUCUCCUUCCCAUAGUUAACGUCAGACCACAAACCUCCCAUCAUCCCUUCAUCCGGCCGUCGCGCGCUGCCAGGUGUGGACACCGGGGAGACAACGCGGAAGUGCUCAGUCAGCAGCAGCAGCCGCAGCAGCGUAGGAAGCCGCCGGCGUCCACUGAGCUCCGUCUAACAACAUGGCCAACAACGAGGAGAUACGAUACUGCCAUAAGUUCUCCUACAUCGUCCUCAAAUUCAUCCUGUUCGCGUAUUCCAUCGUCUGGUGGUUAACAGGUGGAUUUCUCCUUGCCAUUGGCAUCUAUGCUGAGGUGGAGAGACAACGUUUCAAGACGCUGGAGGGCAUGUUUUUGGCCCCAGCUGUAAUCCUGAUCGUCCUGGGAAUUAUCAUGUUUAUAGUCUCGUUGAUUGGAGUCUUGGCUUCACUGAGAGAUAAUCUAACUCUACUGAAAGUGUUCAUGUACACUCUGUCAGUUUGUCUGAUCCUGGAGCUGCUCGGAGGAAUCUUGGCGCUGGUCUUCCGCAACCAGACGGUGGGCUUACUGAACAAGAACAUCCGGAAGGGCAUAGUCAACUACUAUGAUGACCUGGACUUCAAAAAUAUCAUGGACUUUGUUCAGAAGAAGUUUAAGUGUUGCGGAGCUCAGGAGUACAAUGACUGGCAGUUCAACAUGUACCACAACUGUUCUGCACCUGGUCCAAUGGCCUGCGGUGUCCCGUAUACCUGCUGCCUUACUACUAAGCCUAAUGAAGUUGCCAACACUAUGUGUGGCUGCAAUGUGCUCAAACAAGAGCGUUUGGACUUGAUGGAAAUCAUUCACAUCAGAGGCUGCACUGAUGCUUUCUUCAUCUGGCUGUUAGACAACUAUAAGAUCAUGGCUGGACUGCUGUUAGGGAUCCUACUGCCGCAGUUCUUUGGUGUGAUAAUCAGCUGGCUGUACAUCACACGGGUUGAAGAUGCCAUCAGUGAGUAUGGUCACUACAUGGACGGGCUACUGGACCCGCAGGAGAGAUCAGCCAAGAGUCAGGGCCGUGUGUCCAAAUGGUUUAAGUGUAUGCCUGAGUACGACUGAUGGAGCUGAGCAGAGGGCAGCAAAUGGACUCCAGUCACCACUCACAGCUGGUUCAAGCACUGGAGUCGAUGCAGAGACUGUUGCAACCACUGCAGGAGUCUGCCUUCGAACUGCCGGCUCAACACCAGUGCACGUCAGCAUGUAGAAUGUCUUUUUUUUUAAUGGGAAGAAGGAAUUGUUUUGCAUCCGCAUUGUUUGGAAUUUAAUAUUCAUGUUGUUGUUUUCCAGUUUUACUGUAAAUUUGUGUGUAUAUAUCCCGAAAGUGAAUGGUUUUAAAUGACUUUGUUGACAUGCAGUGUACUGGUGCCUGAGAUGGGAAUAAGAGCUCAUUAAGUGAUGUGCUGCUCUGUGCCACAGAUAAUCUCAGGGAUAAACUCAGAAACCAACAUAACCAUUCUGCUCUUAGUGUUAUUAAAUAUUCUGAAAUUCAUCUGUUCACUAACUGUGUUCACUGAAAGUUUUCUACCACCAGUUAAACUAUGUGUGACGUCUUUAUACAAACUCUGCUCCUUUAAUACUGACACCACUGUUUACACUGCAACACCGUAGUGCUAAAUACACAUUGUCUGUCACCUGAAAGCAGGACUCCUUUCCUAAGUUGUAUAUUUGAACACACCCUGAGGUUUGAAAUGGAACUCUGCAUCAUACCCUGCCUGCAUAUUCCUCUUAAGAACCAUGAGUGCUCUCGGAACCCUUCAAGAUGUCUUAACAGUGGUUCCCUGCUGGAUGUUGAGAAAGAGCUCAACAUUAUACAUUGUGAGUUGAUUUAAAAGAGAUGGAUGCUAAUGUAGUGCCUUUGCCAUAACAAGACAGAAGCUCAGGGUUUAGUUAAGUUUCCCCAGAUGCUAUAUUUGCUGUUGGUGCUGAUUCGCAAAACGAAUAGAGUGCACACUUUGAGUGUCGACGUGAGGGGAGGAUUUUAGGGAAUAAGACGGAACGUGCUUUAAAAUGCAAAACCUUGUGACUUGUGACAUUCGACUUGAACCUCACAGUACGACACGUUCAAACUGGCUCUGUUCCCUGACACCUGACCAAUUAGAGGACUCAAACAACCGUAUAUAAGCUGUCUGAGUGCUACACUUCCAAACCCCCUCAUCACUACUUGCUCCUGCAAAAGUUACUUCAUUUGAAAAAGUGUUGCACUGAAAAUAAUCCAUGCAAUCAUUACAUUGUUCUCAAACAGAAUGAGAUGAGUAAUUCAUGGCAAAUCAGUAUCAUAUAUAUACUUUGAACCCGUAUGAAACAUAUGCCUUAGAACAUGUUACAACUUCCUGUAAGCUCCAGAGUGGUUUAAAUAUUUGACACAUAUUUGUCAUGACUUAUGUGAAUAAUGUGAAAUCGAUGUGCUUCUGAACUUAGGUUUGUUGUGAAGUUGCAAACUGAGACCAAAGAGCUCAUCCAACUUGAAGGGAAUUUUAAUUUCACAUCUCCCUGCCUUUUCCUCCCUUAAUGGCUGCACACGACUGCACCACCACCUCCUAAUGAUAUGUCUAAGACUUCACUUUCAUCACUGCUCAAACACAAUUACAAGCAUUUCAAGUUUAAAUGAUUGCUUUAUUUUAUUUUUUAAAUAGGACAUACAGAGGUUUACAUUGGAGCCCACUUUGCUUCUUAGGGUUGAGGGAGCGUUCUCACUUUAUUCCUAUUGGCAUAUUUAGCAUUUUAAGACCAAAUCUAAUAAUCCAGGUUAAUUUAACUGGUUAAUAAAGUUCAUACUCGACUGGCUGCAGAAAAAUAGUACAUUUCCAUGAAAGGAAAUUAACUGUAUUAACUAAAUUAACUUUUACUACCUGCUUCUCACAGUAAUAACCUGCUUCUCACUCAAUAAACAGUGAAAAGGAUUCAACACACUGUACUGAUUUCACUGUAGUGAGGCGGAAAUGUGUUUCAUGCUUUGUGAUAUAAUUAAUUUGUUAUUAAAAACUACUUCAUAAAACAAACACACAGUGCCUCAUUAAUGCAAAUGUGAUGAGUUAAAUGGAGCAUUUUCACUAUUUAAUGAGGCGUCAGACACAUUAAGCAGCCUCGCUCCUUUUCAACCUUUUCAGAAUCUUAUGCCAACUGUGUAAUACCUAUGACAAACGAAAGUCAUAGGUAUUAUGUAUUAUGUAACAUUUAGUGUGUGUAGCAUGAAAGACCAAAUAUUACAUUACAUAAAGAAUGUUUAAAAAUGAUACUUUAGUAACGAUUUUUAUGCAAUAACUACAGUCUAUUUCCACAGGGUCUAUACAUUAAUGUGCCAGUGUUUUCUUUUUAAAAGAAUAGAUGAAUACCAUUGCUGUAAUCGCGAUCUUUCAAAUUCUCGGAGAAGAAAAAGUUUGUUGUCAGAGUUGCACAAAACCACAUUUAUCGAAAGAAGUAUGUUGUCUAUACAUUUUGCCGUUUGUGGGGGAUGGUAAAUAAAAAGAUGUAAUUGUGUUGUAGAGGA